UCCCCGUCCUGCAGAGCGACGCCCACACCUGCAGACACUUCCUGGUGGAGCUGGAGCUGCUGGCUCAGAGAGGAGAGCUGCUUCUGUCUGCAGGACGUCCGUCUUUCUGCAGCGUCUUCAGAGCCUCCAACCUGCAGGGGGCGCUGCAGCUGCUGCAGGAGGCUGUGAAGACGCCUGCAACUCUGCUGCUGCAGGAGAAACAGCCAGACGCCAGGGGGUACAUGCGUUGUUUUCCCGUGCUCCCGGCUGAGCUUGCCUGGCUCUUCGCGACGCGACCUGUCUUCCUCUACCCCGAGCUGCUGCCCUGCGCCAGCCUGGACCCCGCUCUCUACUGCCCCCGCAGGACGGCUGCCUUCACUGCAGCCGAGGACUGCCUGCUGGUGCUGGGCCUCAGGAACAUGGAGGGGUCAUGUGACCCCCCGAAGCUGGUGUCUCAGUUCCUGCUGAGGAAGACUCUGGUCCAGGUGAGGAGGAGGAUCCUGCAGUGCUGCCGGCCGGGAGCCCCCGACAACAUCGUCAAGGCCUUCAGGUAUCAGCAUGUGUUGUGGCCCAUGCUGCAGCCCUGUCUGGGGGGUCUCCCUGCAGAGCAGCGCCCCCCUGUGGAGAGGGAGGAGGAGCGCAUGCCCCUCUGGCUGAUGAGGAGCCUCCCGGUCCUCCACCCCCCCAUCAGAGACUAUAACCUCCAUCCAGGCUCCGCCCCCGAGGCCCCGCCCCCCCGCCUGUCAGGAGGGCGUCACAUGACCUACAGCUUCCCCCCCGGCACCCUCUACCCCCCCCACCUCCCCAAACUCCUCCUCUUCAGACGCAUCGGCUUCGUGAGGCCGGCUCCUCCCCCCCGGCAUGAAGCCCCGCCCCACUCCUCCCCCCCUGCCCUCCGUCGGCUCACCCUCCGUCACAAUGAAGCCCCGCCCCCUUCCUCCCGCCCUGCCCUCCGUCGGCUCACCCUCCGUCACAAUGAAGCCCCGCCCCCUUCUUCCUCCUCUUCCUCCACCCUCUCGAUCGGGACCAGAGAGCGAAUCAGACGCCACUAUCGGACGCUCUGCAGCCUGAGGGACGAGGCCCCGCCCCCUCCUGCAGGCCCCGUCCCCUCACAGGAGGAGGGUGAUGAUGUCAUCAGGAGGGAGGAAGAGGAGGAUGAAGAAGAGGAGGAAGAGAGUGACUUCCAUUUGACGCUGUCCGAGUCAGACACCGAACAGGAAGUGACGUCUGCAAAGCCCCGCCUCCAGCUGCAGGAUGAAGAGGGUCCUCUGCGUUCUGAAGACGAAGUGUUUGCUGAGGAUUAUCUGCUCAGAGUGUGUGAUGCGCUGCAGUCCUCCCCCCCCCUCUCUGAUCACCUGUUACAGGUGUUGGAUGGGUUCUCCCCCCCCUCCUCAGUGGUGUGUCUGUACAGCGAGCUGCGAGGCGUGUUGGGGGCGUGGCCUCAGCUGCUCAGAGACUUCGCUGCCUUCCUGAGCCAAUCACAGGCCAGGAGCUGUGGACUGCUGGUAGAGCAGCAGCUGUUUGAACGCAGCCGGAGGUUCCUCCGCAGAUUGGGGCGUGGCCUGGGAGAAGGCUCCGCCCCCUUCCAGCAGGUGGUGUCAGUGCUGCAGGGAAGCUCCGCCCCCUUACCUGAGGACAUGGAGCAGAUCUCGUCUCUCCUGGGUUGUCACGGCGACCUGCACAAAGAAUUCUGGGAGUUUUUCAAGCAGCUUCACGGCCAGGCCGUAGAGACGGACUCCAUUUCCCAGAAUCCUCCUCUGAACGGGGACAGGAAGAGAGACGAGAGACCGGAGGAGGCGGAGUUAGAGCAACUUGAGGAGGCGGAGUUAGAUCAACUUGAGGAGGCGGAGUUAGAGCAACUUGAAGAGGCGGAGUCAGAGCAACUUGAAGAGGCGGAGUCAGAGCAAACCGACGGCGCCAAAAUCAUGACUCCGAGUGAAGAAAAAGUGAUCUGGACCCGGCUGGAGGACCGCAGCAUCCUGACCUCCUGCCAGCAGAGAGGAGCCAGCAGGAGCACCUUCAGCCUGAUCUCAGAGCAGCUGGAGGACAAGACCCCUCAGCAGGUGAGUCUGCGUUUCGACCACCUGAUGAACUUGUUCCUCUCCAGCAGCAAGACGCCUGACCACUGACGCACCUCCCUGUACACACACUGUACACACACUGUACACACACUGUACAGGUAUGGACGCUCAGUCUCUCUCCAGGGGUUUGAAGGAUCGAUGAACUCUGACCUGAUGAAUGUUCUACAGGUUGGCCUCUGACCUCAGGAGACUCGGAUAGACUUAGUUCUUAUUUUUUCAUUCUUUUUUAUUUCUUUAUUUCUUGUUUUAUUUAUUAUUUUGUUUUAUGUUUUUUCUUAAAAGUUAGUUUUAAAAAAUGUGUUAACGGUUGAACUGUUUCUGGAUAUUACCCACAAUGCCUCAGCAGCCCAUGUGAGCUAUGAAUGUGUGUAAAUGGACCUGUUUGUUAUUCAUAUUGAAUAUGAGUGAAGGUCGAACGCUUCAAUAAAAUACCUUUACAUUUCUCA